UGACCAGACCACGCCCCCAGCGGAGGCAACCUCCAGUCUCCCCGAGGAGGAGGAGGAGGACACAGGCACCAGGUAGCCCUAAGGAGGAGCUGGUGACCUGGCAGGGCAGACUUGACUCUUGCUGUCGUAGGGAGGAGGCUGCCUGGAGAGGCCAGGACAGAAGCGGAGCCCUUCUUUUUCUGAGGAUUCUGAGUCUUCCAGAAGCAACAUGUCAGAGGGGGUGGGCACAUUCCGUGUGGUCCCUGAAGAGGAGCAGGAGCUGCGUUCCCAGCUGGAGCGGCUUACCACCAAGGACCAUGGGCCUGUCUUUGGCCCGUGCAGCCAGCUCCCCCGUCACACCUUACAGAAGGCCAAGGACGAGCUGAAUGAGCGGGAGGAGACCCGGGAGGAGGCGGUUCGCGAGCUGCAGGAGCUGGUGCAGGCGGAGGCGGCGUCGGGGCAGGAGCUGGCCCGGGCGGUGGCCGAGAGGGUGCAGGGAAGGGACAGCGCCUUCCUGAUGCGCUUCAUCCGCGCGCGGAAGUUCGACGUAGGGCGCGCUUAUGAGCUGCUCCGAGGCUACGUGAACUUCCGGCUGCAGUACCCCGAGCUCUUCGACAGCCUGUCGCUGGAGGCUGUGCGCUGCACUAUCGAGGCCGGCUACCCCGGGGUCCUCUCCAGCCGGGACAGGCACGGCCGCGUGGUCAUGCUCUUCAACAUCGAGAACUGGGACAGCGAAGAAAUCACCUUCGAUGAGAUCUUGCAGGCAUAUUGUUUCAUUCUGGAGAAGCUCCUAGAGAAUGAGGAGACUCAGAUUAAUGGCUUCUGCAUCAUUGAGAACUUCAAGGGCUUCACCAUGCAGCAGGCGGCCGGACUUCGGGCUUCCGAUCUCAGGAAGAUGGUGGACAUGCUCCAGGACUCCUUCCCAGCCCGGUUCAAAGCCGUGCACUUCAUCCACCAGCCGUGGUACUUCACCACCACCUACAACAUGGUCAAGCCCUUCUUGAAGAGCAAGCUGCUGCAGAGGGUCUUUGUCCACGGAGAUGACCUCUCUGGCUUCUUCCAGGAGAUUGAUGAGGACAUCCUGCCCGCCGACUUUGGGGGCACGCUGCCCAAGUAUGACGGCAAGGCUCUCGCUGAGCAGCUCUUUGGCCCCCGGGCCCCAGCAGAGAACACGGCCUUCUGAGGACUUCCGCCUCGGGCCGUCCCACUGUAGUUAGUGUCCCUGGGCUCUCCUCCGCCGUCCCCGACCCAGGAGGUUGGGAGAAGGGCUGCCCGAGGUGGUGCCCUGAGCCUCUCUGUGUUGCAGGAGUUCAGCUGUCACCCUCCUCCCAAGCUGGGGGGCGACAGAGCAGGGGGAUCCCUUGAACAGGAAGAAUUGGGGGCACUUACUUUCCCACCACCUCGGAAGCUUAGGACAGUGACUUGCACGGGGUCGACUUUCAAAGACUCUCUAAUUAAGCUUCUCAGUGAUUUUCUUUCUAGCAGUUUUGCCUCUUGGGGUCUGUGAAAACAGGCAAAGAGGCUAACUUAUAGGUCUCUCCAGUGCCUAAAUGAAUGAAUGAAUGAACGAAUAAAUAAAUAAAUGAAAGGAUAAAAGA